AAUAGUAUGUUUUUCCAUGUGUGAGGAGGUCACUAGACGAAACUGCUGCGAAUGUUCAGGAGAAUUGUUAGGCAAACCGACUGCAGAGGGAGGCUACAGCUGUACGCCACAUUCAUGCCAUCGUCAUUUAAGUCACCGCGGAUGCUGAGCAAGUGAUUCUCAAAAAAAAAAUUGAAAGAGAAGAAAGUAAAAACGCUCAACGGCCGAUUGGGAGGAGGGACCAUUUUUACGUCGCAUGACCUUGCAUUGAAUGUCAUCAUAGACGGAUAAAAAAACAACACACAGAGGUCAUCAGUCAUGGAGAUUGUCACACAUCUUAUUAAUGACACCAUACAAUUCUACAAAUGGACCUUAACCAUCGCAGACAAGCGAGUGGAGAAAUGGCCCCUGAUGGACAACCCCCUGCUCACUUUAGCCAUCAGUGCAUCCUACCUGUUGUUUCUCUGGCUGGGGCCCAAAUAUAUGAAGAACAGGGAGCCCUUCCAGCUUCGCAAAACACUCAUUGUCUACAACUUCAGUAUGGUCUUCCUCAACUUCUUCAUCUUCAAAGAGCUGUUUAUGGCAGCCCGGGCAGCAAGCUACAGCUACAUUUGUCAACGGGUGGACUACUCAGACGACCCCAAUGAAGUCAGGGUGGCAGGGGCAUUGUGGUGGUAUUUCAUCUCCAAAGGCAUCGAAUACCUGGACACGGUGUUUUUCAUCCUGAGGAAAAAGUUCAGCCAGGUCACCUUUCUGCACGUUUACCACCACUGCACCAUGUUCACGCUCUGGUGGAUCGGCAUCAAAUGGGUGGCAGGAGGACAGUCAUUUUUUGGUGCCCACAUGAACGCCGCAAUCCAUGUGUUGAUGUACCUCUACUAUGGCCUGGCUUCCUGUGGUCCGAAGAUCCAAAAGUACCUGUGGUGGAAGAAGUACCUGACCAUUAUCCAGAUGAUCCAGUUCCACGUCACCAUCGGCCACACGGCUUUGUCCCUUUACGUCAACUGUGACUUCCCCCACUGGAUGCACUACUCCCUCAUUUGCUACGCCAUCACCUUCAUCGUCCUCUUUGGCAACUUCUACUACCAGACCUACCGCCGCCAGCAGCCCAGGCGCGACGCCUCCUCCUCCUCCAAGGUGGGCAGGGCCGUCUCGAACGGUGCCCUCAAUGGACUCAGCAAGGCCGCCAACGGCGUGGCGGCGGGGAGCAAAGAUGACAAACCCCAGGAAAACACUAGCAGGAGAAAGCGGAAAGGAAGAGCCAAAAGAGAUUAGAGGAGGAGGGUGAAGUAAGCCAGAUCUGCUUUGAGUUUAUAUCGUGUCAGCCUGCAGAAGACCUUAUUUGAGGAAUGAUGGACGGGGUAAAUGUGUGAUGUGUUCAUUUCAAGACGUGACGGAAUGGCUUGUGUUGAGGGAUUGUCGUUUAGCUAAUAGGAGAUGCUAAAGGUCAUACAGAGGCCACUGUUAUCACAAAGAGGCCAAAAUAUCCUCGUGUCAGAUCCAAAUCUUUCUUCUCUUUGCCAAGUGGUGCAGCCUUGGUCUGAGGGGAAAUUAACAUUCUCUUGAGGGUUUUGAUGUUUUUUUGUUUUUAAUGCACAAACAGUUAUUCACACGUAUAAAGCUGAUCAAUCGUUCUAAAGGCAAUGAUAGGUGAUUUGCUAAUGAUAAUGCAACCCUCACUCAACAUGGCAUAACUCAUCAUAUCGUACAUCAUUUCAAAAGACAUCUUUGGUGUUAUUCACCAUAUACUGCAGUAAAUAUGGGGGAAACUACAGCAUGUCAAUAUUCAGUGGCACGUAAAAUCUGUUUUUUUUUUUUUUUAAAUUCUUUUGAAGUUGGAUGCGAUUCUUCCAUCACUUAUGGAAGUUUCAUAGUGAUAUAAACGUGUAAAAUAUUCUAUUUCUGUUUGCAUUGUACGUUUUGUAUGUCCCUACUUGUGUGUAAUGUGACAAAGUGAACCUGAUAAUGUUGAUUUUAGGAUGCUUGCCCUUGUCUCUAUUUAUCAUCACUUUAUCGCUUGUCUCAUAGGCUGGUCUAAAAAGUUGUACACAAAGGGUCCUGUUCCUGUUUUAAGAAAGAGCUUAUGACAUAACAUAAAUCUCUUUUCAUAUUUUGAUCAAAUACAUUGUUUUAUUAAAGCGUUUACAUUUACAGGCUUAGCCCAUGUCUUCAGCUGGCUUGAAUGUAAACAAUCAUAAAACAAAAAU